AUGUUGUCUAUACAGUCACUCAAACAUCUUUCGAGGAGAUCAAUAGCAUCAACAUUUAAUAGUCUCAUUCUUUAUCCUUCUUCAACUAAUAAUAUAUAUACAUACAAUAAUCGUACCUAUUCAAGUCGAUCGAAUAACAAUAGUAAUAAUAAUAAUAAUAAUAUAAUACAAAGAGAGGAUAAUAGUAAAAUAGUAUUUAGUAAAAGUAAUAAGAGUACAAAACAAGUACUUGAAAGAGGAAGUGAUCAAGAUGAAGAUGAAAAUUACAACAAUACAAAUAAUCAUAAUGUAAAUCAACAAAGUAUAUCAGAGUAUUUAACAUCACAAGAGAUUGAUCUUGCACACUCUCUACCAGAUACUUCAUCACCAUUGUCAGAUCCAACCAAAGGAGCAUUCUUUGAUCUUUUAGAGAUAAAGAAGCGAUUCCCAAUCGUUGGUAAAGGCAAACAACAUCUCUACGAGUUCAAAACAACCGAUAUAUCACCUGCUGUCUUUUUCACCAAAUACCCUCUCAACGAACAAAAGGUCAUUCAGUAUAUGUCUAGAAUGGGUAUUUGUGCAUACUAUGAUAGAGUAAUUGAAAUGAUUCAACUUUUAGAUAACAAGAAUAUACAAAUUACACCAAAAAUCUAUACACAAGCGAUUAGAGCAAUGGGUUUAAAAGGUGAUUACAAGAAUGCACUUAAAUUAUUGGAUAGAGUGAUUAAGGAGAAUAUGUCACCGACGGUUCAUAUGUUUGAUGGUGUUAUCAAUGCCUACUCGAAUGCAGGUGAUACUGAUAAACCAUUUGAAAUCUUAAAAGUAAUGGAAAACACAUAUGGUCUCGUUCCAGAUCAUGUCAAUUACACCACCAUGGUUCAUGGUCUCAUCAAAAACAAAAAAAUAGAUACUGCCAUUGAAGUAUUCUCUGAUGCCAAAACUAAAGGAAUGAAUCCUGAUAGUGUUACUUUAUCUGUCAUGAUUGAUGCUUGUGCAAAGGAUGAUAGAAUUGAAAAAGCAUUUAAUUAUUAUGAAGAAUUUAAAUAUUUAAAUAUGACACCAACAGAAGUAACAUUUAAUUCUUUAAUUGAUGGUUGUGCUAAAAGAUCAGAUAACAAAUAUUAUUUAAAGGCAUUUGAAUUAUUCCAAGAGAUGACAUUAUAUGGUUAUCAACCAGAUAUUAUUACAUAUACAUCAUUAUUAAAGUCGGCAUCAAAGAGAGGUGAAAUAUCAGUCAUCGAAAAAUUAUACAAUGAUAUCCUUACGAGAAAGGAUCUUUUCCCAUACAAUCCAGAUGAACGUGUCUUUUCAUUGGUCAUUGGAGGUUACGCAAACAAUCAAAUCGAUGUCAAGAAAUCAAAAUACAAAUUCCACCAAAAGAAGAAUCUCGAACGUAUCCAACAGAUCAUGGUCGAUAUGAAAACACUCGACGUCCCAAUCACCUCUUAUCACAUGAACCAAUACCUCAAAUUAUAUGCCUUUUCUGGAAAGAUUAGAGAUUGUGAAAGAAUAUUCAAAGAUGACUUUGCCAAGAACAGUAUUGAACCGGAUCUCAUCUCUUACAGUAUCAUGGUUAGUUUGUAUUGCCAUACUCGUAAAUUCGAAUCUGCACUUCAAAUGUUACAUACAAUGAGAGAAAAAAAUAUUAAACCAGAUUAUAAAUGUUAUAUAACAUUAUUAUAUGGUACAACAAAGGUUGGAUAUGCAAAGACAUGUUUAAAGUUGGCAAGAGAAAUGGUUGAACAAGGAAUUCCACCAGAGUCCAAAGAUAUGAUUAAAAUUGUAAAGCGUUAUGUUGACUAUCCAGAUAUUGUAGAACAACUUCGUGCAUUGACCGUCGAUACCCAUGCUCAAGAAGGUUGGGUCGAUAAACAUUAUUAUCAUGCAGAAAGAUUAAUAAAGGAUUAA